AGUCCCGGCGCAACUGUCCUGCACGCAACAUGCUCGAGGCGAGCGCUUGUUCCGAGCGAAAGCGCGCGUGCUGCUUCGUUUCUUCUUACUUCGAUUGAUAUUUUGUGAAUUAACAGUGCUUAUCAACGUUCUUAUUUUUUCCAUCGAAAUCAGUACUCGCGUGUACUUACGGUGUGACAGUGUAUAGGGAAAAAUUCCGAUAUUAGAGUAUAUAACAGUGUUUAGUGUGAAAAUGGAGUGGUCGCUGCUACUUCUGACGUUGUCCUGCGCGGUGUGGCUCGCAGGAGCCGACCUCAUGGACCUCUAUGUCCAGCACAUGGACGAAACCAUGGGCACGAGGGCCUAUUACGAUCGGCUUAAGGCCUCGCGACGGGCCCACGUUAACCGGCAGAGGAGAAGCGUUCUGGAGGGACGCGGUUUCAGGGUGGCCGAUCAGGUCAGCCAGAGGAUCGACGUCAACCGCGUUAAAGUCAAAUACGUCCCGGACAGCGACCUAUCCCUGGACUACACUCACCCGCAGCCGCAGGAGUCCUAUCCCGACAUCGAGCAGAGCUUCGAUUCCGACAAAAAAAUCGACUUCUCCCGCUUCAUCGACAGCGUGCAGAAGCGGGAGCGGAAGAAAGGCCGAGCGCCGAAGAAGUACAUUCCCGAGAUGAGGAACUUGGUGUUCCCGCUUAAACGGCGGCCGAAGCGAAGCUCUAACGAGCGUCAACUGGAGACAGAGGCGAAGCGCGAGUUCACGCGUUACGAGAGAUUAGACAAUGAGGGCAACGUUGUCCUCGAGUGGGAUCCUACCGAUGACGAGAACGUCACCUUUCGAGUGACCGCUAAGACACUCGGCUAUAUCGGCUUGGGCUUCAACGAUAAGAGCCACAUGAUGGGCGCUGAUAUCGUGCUCGCUUGGGUCGAUGACCAUACGCGGAUCGCCACGCUUUUGGAUUCUCACGGUGUGGAGAGCAACAACGCAGCACCGGAGACUGACGCUUCGCAGGACGUCCACUUGCUACACGGCUCUCAAAACGACACCCACACGGUCGUCACUUUUACAAGGAGAUGGCAGAGCUGCGACCCUCAGGACCGUAGCCUCACGGGCGACACUGUUCGAGUUCUGUGGGCUUUGCACGAGAGCGAUCCCGAGUUGAACGCCGCAAGAUUCCACGGCGAAAAGCGCGGCGGUCGAGCUCUGAGACUGAAAGCACCUGCUCCUCAUCCGCCACCGACAAUCGACGACCCCAGCAUGAUCAAGUGGGACGUCAAGCUUAACCAGUUCUCCGUGCCAAACAAUUCUGACACGACCUAUUGGUGCAAGAUCUUCAAGGCGCCGAAGCUCCAGCGCAAACACCACAUGAUUGGGUACACACCCCUGGUCGAGGAAGCCAACGAAGGCCUGGUCCACCACGUGAUCCUGUACGAGUGCGCCUCCGACCCGAUCCUAGCGGAGCACUCCAGGAUGCACGGAGCCCACUGCUACAGUCCAACUAUGCCAGUCCAAUGGGCCAGCUGUCUCCAACCGGUGCUAGCUUGGGCCCGAGGUAGUCGUGGCGAAUGGUUCCCUGAGCACGUUGGUCUACCCGUGGCCGAGAACCUCGAGGGAUCGUACUACAUGCUGGAGGUUCACUACAACAACAAGUUCGGCAGGGAGGUCAUCGACAGCAGCGGAGUUAGGCUGCACCUGACGCCUAAAAUCCGGAAAAUGGAGGCCGGAAUCUUUGUGGCCGGAGUCGCGGUUAGCCCGCUGCACAUGGUGCCGCCGCAGCAGAAGGAGUACGCCACUGCCGGCUACUGUACGCCGGAUUGCACGAAUAAGAUGUUCGACAAAGAGGGCAUCAACGUGGUCUCCGUCGUCCUGCACUCUCACCUGGCAGGUCGUCGUUUGGGCUUGAAACACAUCCGUCAGGGCAAGGAACUACCUCCGAUCGUCCAGGACAACCACUUCGACUUCGAGUACCAGCAGUCUCAUACCCUGGAACGCGAGGUCAAGAUCCUCCCGGGUGACGAGCUCGUCGCCGAGUGCGUCUACGACACUCGCGGAAGGACCAAACCGACCUUUGGCGGAUACGCAGCUUCGCAAGAGAUGUGCCUCGCUUUCGUAGUUCACUACCCCAGGACACCUCUGGCCGCUUGUUACAGCAUGACUCCGGUGAAGGAGUUCUUCAACGCGCUGAACGUCCAGAGCUUCAAGGGGAUGACUAUGGAGAACGCGGAGAACCUCUUCUUGUCGACGACGACGGAAACGGUGACGUUACCAGUGUCUCCGAAUCAUCACACGCCGAACUAUCCCGAUAUUCGAUCGAACGAUAGCUCCGAUAUCGACUUUAUUAAACGGAUGAAGUCUGCUCUUAUAUCGAAGGGAGACUACAUCGACUACGACGACAUCUUCGGGAUACUCGUCAUUGAGAAGCCUGACGAGUUCGCAGGCCACUCGCUGUCCGACCACAUGUCUGCCCUUGCUUGGAACGAUACUGCGCUCUCAAAGUCCAUCGAGAACAGCCUGUAUUACGGAAAACACGCGACCUACUGCCGUACGAGGGAAGACAGAUUUCCAAGGACACCAAAGGAGCACAUGUUCCCGAACUUCACAGCCCUGCCCGUGAGCAACGACACGAGCUGCAAAGAGGUCCAAGCAGCCUACGGCUCAACCGCCAGCAGCACCACAGGCAGUAUUCUGUCGACGUUCCUGGUCUUACCUCUCUUGCUCGUUUCGCUGUCUUGAGGCGAAAAAUCACCUCGAAGAGAAUUGAAGAAGUACCGGAGUACUUAUCUCCGCCGCGUGUACAUUGCCGAUGCCCGUGUAUUAUAUAAAUCGAAGCCCAUUUAUUUAUUGCGCGACGCCCCCGUAAAUUCGUCCCGCUCGUGGAUGAAAUCGACCGUUUGAAACAGGUCGAGCGUGUAAAGUUAUUUGACGCUAGAGUCUAUGGAUUAUCUCGAUUCUUUCGAAAUGUUUUUUCUCAUGUUCUCGCGUAAUGCAUUUGCGACGAGAAGGAAGUUUUCUGCGUUGGGUUACGCGAGAAGGAGGAUCGACGAGACUUUGUAAAUAUACUUGUAAGCGAAGCUUGAUAAUUACCAGAUGAUUAGGUGUUAAGAGAUUUUUUUACGACGAUUGUAAGUGUAGAUAAAUGUAAUGAUAAAGUAUACGUUUUUUUGUAAAAUAAAUUUUAAUUUUUAAAUGAUA